AGUGUGGUGCACGUCUCUUCAAUAAUGCACUAUAUUUACCUUAACUGAACCGAUAUUAAAACUUUACUUCAAGUUUAACUGAAAAAACUCAUCCACACUGAUGAUAAGUACCUACAUAACAGCAUUUCAGUAGAUGUUUUGAAAGUUUAGUGAUUGGUGAUUUCGCGAAACCGUGAUUUUUUCUCGUAACAAUUAAAAUGUUUCAUUUAAGAAUAUUUUCAGCGGCUAUUGUUUUGGUAUCAACGAAGUACAGUAAACCUUUUUUGUCUACUAAUGAAAAUAAAAUGUAAUGAGCGUCAACAAAUUGUAUAAAAUUUGUUCUUUAGUUGAAUUCAAAUUAUUUCAGCGAUGUGACAAGCGGUGAUUUCAAUCUUAUCGAAUAAAAAUGAUUUUGACUUUCGUCAUUAUCAGUGCACUUAAAUUGUUUUCCAUCAGCAGGGCUGAGAGGAAUAUGGUGUCAGAAAGAUUGGAGAAUGUCACGCAGACUAUAUCCAAGCUUCUCGAAGGAUACGAUAUCAGACUCAGGCCGAAUUUUGGAGGAGAACCCUUAUUUGUAGGAAUGGAUUUAACGAUAGCCAGUUUCGAUGCAAUUUCGGAAGUGAAUAUGGAUUACACCAUCACUCUUUACUUGAACCAAUAUUGGAAGGAUGAACGAUUGGCGUUCAGUAACGAUGAAGAAGUUUUGACUUUGUCGGGAGAUUUUGCCGAGAAAAUUUGGGUUCCCGACACUUUUUUUGCUAAUGACAAAAACAGUUUUCUACACGACGUCACAGAAAGGAAUAAAUUAGUACGGCUAAACGGUGACGGUUCGAUCACGUAUGGAAUGCGAUUCACCACAACUUUGGCUUGCAUGAUGGACCUCCAUUAUUAUCCUUUGGAUUCGCAAAACUGUACGGUGGAGAUAGAAAGUU